UCGUGUUCCCGUCCGCCGUCCCCUGGAUGUAUACCGUAUACGUACCUAAGCUUUACCUAAACCAAAUAAAUUAUUCCCUUGCGAAGUGCGUAGGAAAACUCACGAUACGUACGACAUUGAAGCGUCCAAAACUUCAGUAUACCAAUUAUCACGCCUACACCCCCUCAAACGAGCACGAAUAGGUAUACCCGCCCUUAGGCCCGCUGCUACAUAGGUAGACAGCUUGAAGCUUACUUACGGAGCUCCCUUUCUCCAUUUAUACCUACCUAGGUAGACGGCCGGCUCCAAGAUGCCCACCAUGUGGUUAUCAGACGCCCAAAAAAUCGGGGUCGCCUUCUGCUCUGGCGGUGGCUUCUUCCUGAUUGGAGGAGUCAUGCUGUUCUUUGAUCGAGCUAUGCUUGCGAUGGGCAAUAUCCUCUUCCUAAUCGGCCUGACGAUCAUCAUCGGUCCACAGAAGACACUGCUCUUCUUCGCGCGGAAGCAGAAAGCCAAGGGUACCGCGGCCUUUUUCUUGGGAUUAACAUUAAUCCUCAUGCGAUGGGCGCUGAUUGGGUUCUGCGUUGAAUUAUACGGCAUCGUGGUGCUGUUCGGAGACUUCCUCGGGACGAUCGCAAGUUUUGCACGAAAUGCCCCAAUUGUCGGUCCUUAUAUUGGCCUUAUUAUCGACCGUAUCCCGGGCUUUGGAGGUCUACGGAAUGCCGAGUUGCCUGUUUGAAAGGGGCAAGCCCCUUUUUUACUCGCUUACUUACCCCUAAUUACGACCCGGACUAUACACUUACCUCUCUAUUUCACGCCGUUAGGGGGGGUCUGGUUACGACUUUAAGCACCAUGACAUUUUCGGAUCACGUGAAAAGGCGUUAAGACGGAAAUGGGACGCUCUGUAUGAUAUUGU